CGUGGGACACCCUCGUAGUGACCUGCACGGGCCGCAGAUCACGGCGGCGGACGGCGCGCUGCUGGACGAGCACGACUCCUUCUACCUCACCACCAAGAGCCUGCUCGUGCUGUUCCAGAUCAUGGGCGUCAUGCCCAUCAUGCGGGUGUCGCGCCAUGCUAAGACGACUAAGCGCACUACGUUCAACUGGAUUUCGAAGGCGACGCUCUGGGCUUACCUCGUCUGGAGUCUGGAGUGCAUUGUUGUCGUCAAAGUGGGCAGGGAGCGGCUGGAAACCUUCCAGAACAGUUCCAACAAGCGGUUCGACGAGGUCAUCUACAACAUCAUAUUCCUGAGCAUUCUCAUCCCUCACUUCCUGCUGCCCAUCGCGUCGUGGCGACACGGGUCGCAGGUCGCCAUCUUUAAAAACAUGUGGACUCACUAUCAGCUGAAAUACCUGAAGAUCACGGGCACCCCCAUAGUGUUCCCCAACCUUUACUCGCUGACUUGGGGGCUCUGCAUCUUCUCCUGGGGGCUGAGCUUUGCAGUCAUACUGUCCCAGCACUACUUGCAGGAUGACUUCGAACUCUGGCAUUCCUUCGCCUACUACCACAUCAUCGCUAUGCUGGACGGAUUCUGCUCCUUAUGGUACAUAAACUGCAACGCAUUUGGCACGGCGUCCAAGGGCCUCGCCACAAACCUGCACAAGGCUUUGGAAGCGGACCACCCCGCGCUGAAACUGGCUCAGUACCGCCAUCUCUGGGUGGACCUGUCACACAUGAUGCAGCAGCUAGGCCGAGCAUACUCCAACAUGUACGGAAUCUACUGCAUGGUGAUAUUCUUCACGACGACGAUCUCACUCUACGGAGCACUGUCGGAGAUCCUCGAGCACGGGUUGAGCUACAAGGAGAUGGGGCUGUUCGUGAUAGUGGGCUACUGCAUGACGCUGCUCUUCAUUAUAUGCAACGAGGCCUACCACGCCACGCGGAAGGUGGGCCACGAGUUCCAGGUGCGGCUACUGAACGUGAACCUCGGCUCCAUAGACCGCAACACGCAGCGCGAGGUCGAGAUGUUCCUGGUCGCCAUCGCCAAGAACCCACCAAUCAUGAACCUGGACGGCUUCGCUAAUAUUAAUAGGGAACUGUUCACUGCGAACAUAAGCUUCAUGUCGACAUACCUGAUAGUCCUGAUGCAGUUCAAGCUGACUCUGCUCCGUCAGGGCGCGCGCAAGAUGCUCAAGACCAUCGUGAUGGCCGUGUUCAACUCCACCACCACGCUGGCUGAUGAUGAUGAAGAGGAGGAGCCGGAUGUUGGCCAGUAGACUGGGGUAGCUGGGUGAAGGAGCGUGCAUAUUAUGACGGGCUACGAGUUUGAUAGUUGGUCGAAAACUUUUAUAGUUUAACUUUUAUAAUAGAAUAGGCUUAAAUAGGUUGAGUUUAGUUUAAAUUUUAGAGAUAGGGUUUGUUGUACUUUUAGAAGUGAUUUUAGUACGAAUCUAUAAUUUAAUAAGUAAUUAAGUAAAUGAAACAAU